AUGGAAUUAGAAGGCUCUCCAAUCGCGAAGACGUCUUUUUACGUAUAUCUCGGACGUUCGAUGAAUAUGGAGAACGAUCUGAAAGAAGAAGUAAACUGGAGGCGAAGAGCAGCUUGGGCCGCCUUCGGGCCCGUUCUCUAUCUCUGUUACGCAGCAGAGACGUGGCCUGACACUGUGGCUAUGUCAAAGGCUCUCCGAACAACCACAGAGCGCUGGUACGACGUCUUCUGA